CUCAGACCUAGUAAGAGAGAGGCAAGCGGUCCCUCAGGCAGGCCUGCAAGCUGUACUCGCGCCUGUUUCUGCCCGGUUUUGCGCGGCACGCGGCCCCCUUCGCCAGGCGGCCAUGUGACCACGCACACAGGCGCACACGCCGCCCGCUCUCGAUGUGUGACGCCGAAGCCCUGCCAUGGAUCUCGGCUCUCGGGCUGCUGCUGCUGCGCCUGGCCGUCCUUCCCGCCCCUGCUGAGCCGGCGGCUUCAGCAUUGCGUUGUACUUUGCCCAGCCCUAGGAAUGUUCAUUUUGUCUCCAGAAACCUGAAGAAUGUCUUACACUGGUUGCCGCCAGAAGGGAUUCCUGAGGACAAUUUAAUUUAUAGUGUGAAGUAUUUAGUAUAUGGCACAGCUAGAUGGAUUAAGGAUGCAGAAUGCCGAAAUAUCAGUCAGACCUGGUGUGACCUCUCACGUGGAACAAGUAACCAUAAGGAGCUAUAUCAUGCCAGAGUAAAAGCCUUUCUGAAUGGAAGUUGUUCCAGCUGGACCGAAUCUCCUCGGUUUAAUCCACUAACAGACACUAAAAUUGAUCCACCCGCGUUUGCCUUGUCUUCUGCUGAAAAAUCUAUUUCAGUCAUUGUGGCUGCACCUAAGACAUGGAGCAGAAACUCCAGAAAGGAGCCUAAUUAUCUGCAUGAAAUAUAUCCCACCCUACAAUAUAACGUAUCUGUAUUCAACACUAAGAAAAAGACACAGUGGAUGUUCUGUAUUAAAAGCAACAGACUUGAUGUGUUCCAUUUAGAGUCGAAUACAGUGUACUGUGUCACAGUGCAGGUAUAUAUUACUCCACUCCUGUUCAGUGGAGUCUCCAAAGAUUGCAUUGCUACUUUGAAAGACUCGGCUUUCAAGGAGACUGCGACAAUCUUACUCGGAUAUAUUUUGCCUGUCCUUCUAAUAGUCCUUAUUAUUUUGGUGUCAAGCUGUUGUGUAUAUAGGUACAUUCAUAUCACAAAGCAAAAGUACCCUACAAACUUGGUUUUGAAGUAUAGUGACAAAUGUGAGAGAAGCGAUUUGUUUCCUUCUGAAAAAACUGUGAUUAACUUCAUCACUGUUAAUAUCGCUGAAGAGCAGAAGACCUCUCUGGAGGACACUCGUUUACUAGGCAGUGCCCACAGCAGAGAUGGAUGUUGUGAUGGAAACAGUGUUGAGGGAAAAGCUUCAGAAGUGCAACUAGUACAACAAGAUUCUCAAGACACUUGCCUAAAUGAGGAAGUUAUGUUUGAAAAUGAGCAAGAUGAGAUGAAGCUUGUAUCUCAAAGGGCUUCAGGUGAGAAGCACGAGGAUGAAGUUGUGGUCUAUGAAUUUGACUUGAGGGCUGAAGAUACAACUCUGGUUCAAGAGAAGCUGAGCUUAAAAGAUGGUAUUUGCACACUAGAGGGACUGCUUCACAAACUGAAAAAAGUGCCUCCAGAUUUAAUAACUGAUGGAACAGAACAGGCCUACUGUCCCCAGUUUGGUGUGGGAGCUCCAGGUAUCCGUUCAGAAGAGCAACCAAGAGAGACCCUUUUGAAUAAGAUGGGUUCUGGACAUAACGGCCUCCAAGUUCCUUCACAAAAUUUGGUUGCCAAUAAACCAGGCCAAACUUUUUGUCCUCAAUGCAGUGUGGUGGCAGAUACUUGUUUGCCACAUAAUCAAAAAGAGAAAAGAGAUGCACUUGAGAAUCCACAAACUUUUGCAAACGUAGUGAUGAGAAGCACAACAUCAAACCAUCAAACAUGGGCCACCCAGGACCAGGAGGUAGCAAAGAAAGCAGAAGUGGAAGAUGAGCAGAGCAUAAUAAUAGAUUGGGACCCGCAGACUGGGAUACUUAAUAUACCCUUGUCUAAUUUAAUAAGUGAUGAAAUAAUUGAGAAUAAAAAGUAUGAAGAUUCUCUGGAGGAGGGACUUCUGUCCAGAGUUUAUGAGAGACAGUGCUCUGUUGAGUUGUUAGAGAGAGAUGAAGAAAGAUAUCUCCUGCACCUUAAAGAACAAUGGGGACUGCAUAUACAAAUGCAAACCUAACUUGCUUUCCCAUCAUGAUUUAAUUUGCUACUAAAUAGAAUUAUUUUAAUAGUUAUGAUUAAUUGUUUACAGUAUGAAGCUGGUGACCAUCAAACCAUCAAUGACUAUGAAAGGUUUUAAUUACUGGGGAACUCCAACAAAGUAAUCUACUUUUAUUCAUUCAGUAGUCAUGCACCAAUGCAUGUACUUGUUGAGAAUUGCAUUGGUUUGACUACGGAAGGAAAUGGCGGUGCAGAGCGGGUUGCCUGAUUAAGAGACGACCGCUGCCGGGAUUUCUAAGUGAUAGGGGUGCGUGCCAGGGUUAGACAAGUGGGGUCUCGAGGGGACCAGCCGGGCAUCAGCAGUGAGCCGGGGGGGGGGAGAGAAGCGGCUUGAGUCUGCCCGUGGCUCCAGCGUAGUGUAAACAUCCAAAACCACGAAUCGCCACCUGAAGCAGCAGACUUUU